AUGCUCGACGUCGCGAUCGCUGGGGCCGGCGUCACAGGCCUUGUGACGGCUUUUGCAUUCGCUCGGUACGGCCACUCCGUCGACGUAUAUGAGCGUAAGAUGGAAGACAUAUUUGCCAACGAAGGCGGCGCGGGUAUCCAGCUCCAGCCUAAUGCAAUGCGCAUCUUGGACACCUGGGGCAUUGACAUUUCAGACAUCGCCCACGUCAGUGGCGGGGUGGUCAUGAGACGUUACAGCACGGGCGAGCCCCUGGGACUCGUUGCGCCCGUGGCCGGCUAUCAAAUGUACGUUCUUAGGUCGGAUUUCCGGAGAGCCAUGCUUGCAAAGGCACUCGCUACGGGAGCGCGAGUGCAUUUCGGCAGGGAUAUCGCUGGAGUUGAUGCAUCGCUGCCGGCAUUGUUGCUGAAGGAUGGCACUGCGAUCCGGGCAGACAUGGUCAUUGGUGCGGAUGGCAUCAGAUCGAAGGUUCGACAGUCCUUGUUUCCCUCGAUCGAAAUCGAGGUUCAACCAGAAUGUACCUUCCAACUACAGCUUCCUUUCUCCGACCUGAAGAGCGAUGCAGCACGACGGAUCAUCAGCGAUCCGCUUGCUAGCGUCAUCUUGAGUCCAGGCACAGGGAUCGUCGUGAGUCCAGUGCCGUCACGGAACGUCCUCGAUGUGCAGUUCUUGAUCAUCGACUAUGGAUGGGACAAAGACAUGGAUCCUGAAAGAUGGUAUGCCUUCGUCCCCGACAUGACCCAUUUACGAAGGCGGUAUAAAGACUUCGGCGGCAUCAUCCCGGAAGCCUUGAGUUUAGGUAAAGGUGCGUGGAAGUGGAGGUUUGUUGAAUGCGUCGCGCCGACGUGGGUCAGUCAGAACGGGCGCGUGAUUUUAGCUGGAGAUGCUGUGCACGCCAUGGUCCCGUACUCGGGCCAAGGAGCAGGAAUGUGUGUUGAAGACGCUGCCGUGCUUGCUGAACUAUUUCGCCUCGCCUCCCCGGUUGACGACAGGCGAAUAGAGGAGUUGGCUAGGACGUAUCAGCAACUGCGAAAACCACGUACAGAUCGCUGCCAUCGACAUGCUAAGUAUAUCGGGGUUUCAUGGGGCUUACCUGACGGCAGAUUGCAGCAAAAGAGGGAUGCCGCUUUGCGGCAAGCGAUGGACAAGAAGCUGAAGUUACCGCUAGAGGGAAAUAGCGAAGCUCACCCGCUCUCACAUGAGUUUGAUAAUUGGCUGGAGCAGUACGAUGCCAUCAAGGAGGUGAGACAGCCGGAGUCGCUUCUGGAGUGUCGCUGA